GCCACCGGACCCGAGGCCUGCCCUGCCGAGACCCAGGACUGGGCAGCAGAGGGGCAGCAAGCAGAUCUUCCCUUGGAGCUGGAGGACGAGGCCCGGUGAUCCUGCGGGAACUUGGAGGCGAGGAUGACCCGGGUGCCGCUGGGCAAGGUCCUCCUGAGAAAUGUCAUCCGGCACACAGACGCCCACAACAAGAUUCAGGAGGAAUCAGACAUGUGGAAGAUAAGGGAGCUGGAGCGACAGAUGGAGGAGUCUUCGAGGCGGGUCCCACGCCGACCAUCUCCUGGAAGCUCAAGCCGGAUGCGCAGCGACGGUUUCGACGAGGAAUGCCGGCGAGCGGACGGGAGGGUCCAACGAGAGAUGGACGGGGCUCCGGAGGACGAUGCGCUCAGGGCCCGAUUCUGGAACAGGCGGCUGUAUGAAUGCGAAGCCGCCAUGCCGGACAGGUGGGGUCACAGUGGCUACAAGGAGCUCUACCCCGAGGAGUUUGACACUGACAGCAGCGAACAGCUAGAGCCACGAGCCCUGGUCAACGGCGGCGGGAGGGAACUCCAGGAGGCAGCCUCUACCCGCCAGGCCCGCAAGCGCAAGAGGUCGAAGAAGUCGCACAAGAAGAAGCGGAAAAAACGGUCCCACAAGAAGCCAAAGAAGAGCAAGAAGGGGCCCGAGGAGGGAGCGGACAGUUCUUCGAGCGAGGGUUGGCGGGAGCCGCGGGGCACCGGGACCGAGAAGCGGCACCGUCCGCGCAAGAAAGCGGCCAGGAAAAAGGGGUCCAAGAGACCCGCCUCGUCCUCCUCUUCUUCCUCCGAGCCCGACAGCGACGCGCCCUCCUCGAGGGCUGGCCGGGAAGGGGUCCCCGGGGGAGCCCGGAGGCAGAGGGGCGAGAGGGAGAGGAGGGGGCCGGCCGGCUCCAGGAGGAGCGAGCCGUGCGAGAGGAGGGCAGACAAACGCAAGAACUGGAAAGUGGCCACGGCCGACGCCGAGUCAGAGGAGAGCUCGGAAGACUGAUGUGGGUGAGGGGGAAGCUGGUCCCACCCUGGGCCCCCUGGGCUUUCUCUGGGAGAUGCCAUAUUGGGGCAGAACCUCCCGGGCCCUGGGUUCAGGUUGAUCGACAUUUCGGGGUGGGACUCGUGUUCCGCUGAAGCCUGGAGCCCUGAGCACGAUGAAGCCAAAGACAAAGAGGCUAGAAGCCGAUGCUGGAGGUCGCGGGGCGGUCCCCAAGAGGGCGAUUGGGGUAGGGAGGUGCUUUCCUGGGGCCACAGGAAGCCAGCAGGAGCCCCCGGCCUUUCAUUUGCAGCCUUGGUGCCUUCAACCCCCAUCCGCCUGCUGUGGGGGUGAGGGGCCGGGGGGCUUCUCCUCCCGCUCCAAGAUAGGGAAACCUAUUCAGGAGCAAAGCUUUCCCCCUUGAGCUGCCCCAGCCAGGGGCAAAUGGUCGGUCCACAGGCUCUGAGUCCCCUUCCCCACCCCCUCUGCACUCAGAACCCCCCACCCCAACAGUAACCCCCCAUCUUCCCUCUCCUGAGCCCCAGGGGAGCCCGGAUCUUCUGCGGCCCAGAGGUGGGCCUCUCAGGGAUUUCUCCACCACCCCCACCCCUCUGGCAGCUGCCGGGCACCCAGCCAGCUGGGUGGGAGUUUAGGAAGGGGAAGGGGCUGCUGGCCUAUGGGAGGAAACGAUUAACGUCUGUCAGCGCCGCCGGCUGCAACUCAGCCCACUCAGCUGGAGACUUAGAGCUCUGGGGACUCAAACAAUUCCCAUAGCUUCCUGGCCUUAGUCUCUUGAACUAUAGAAUGGGGAUGAGAGAGCUCCCAGGGCUAGAAUGUGGAGAAGGGAACAUGAAGCUGAUCAAAGCUCCUUCGGAGUUGGCCACCAGGUUGUGUGAAUCUUGCCUGCUGUGAGUCUGAACGUGGUGGGGAGGAGACUCUCCUCCUGAAUGCCCACCCUGGGACUAUCAGGGAAGGGAGAAGCUGACUGACCCCCAAGGAAAUCACGGGCAUUAAAUCAGAUCCUCCAUCCAAGAGCACGAGGACUGAGGCUCAGCCUUUUUUGGUGCCUGCCUCCAUCACCACCACCACCCCCUGCCCCAAAUUGAAAUUUCAGUUUUCCCAUGACCAGAAACCGUUACCUCAAGGUGACCCGGGGUAGCCUCUCGCUGGGAACUUUACAGGGGAGACUAGAGGGACCUUGUUUUUUUGUGUGUGAAAAGGUUUGUGUGGCAGGGGGGUGUCUUUAGGUUACGGUCCAACCCCUUCCCUGAAGGAAUCAGCAUUUUCCGGGCAGAAAUAGGACUCUACUCGGGUCUGGUCUUUUAAGUUGUCUGUAGCAGUUAACAGUGCCAAGGGAUGCCCAAGGCCUGCGCCAUGCCAGCGUUACCGGGUCUCCUCUUUUACUAGCGGAAGCACGGUGGGGGGGGCGGCACUGAAGGAAGCCCAAGUUUUUAAAGCAAAUUAUGACAAGCCUUGAAGUUCUGAAUAAAUAAGUUUCUAUUUUGAA